AUGCAGUUUUCGAACUAUGGCGCGCAUUCGGUUCAGCCAGACCCAAGGUUGGCAUAUUCCAGAUGCACCGUCCCUCCUCAGCACCUUCCUGUGCAGACGGAGCAGCAGUUUGUUAUGGUCCCAUCCUGGUGGAUGCCAACGGAUUGCACGAACCAGGCACCUGCGCCUCCGCAGCAGCAGGUGUUGAAACUGCAAGAGCUCCUUCGAUUCGAAAACUCCCUAGAGCUUUGGCAGCCCAAAGCGGAUGCCUCGCAGCAAGUUUGGCUCCAGCCAAGCAGCAACCUGGCCGACGUCUCUCCCGGGAUCGAGAACGGUCAAAUAGGAGUUCCGGAGCAGGCGUGGGAAGCAGCCGAGGAUGUGGAGGAGAUACUCUCCUCCACUGUGGUGCAGAACGCAGAACAAUGCUUCUCGGCUCAAUUGCAGCUGGUGGCUCACUUAGCAGCAUGGUUGACAAAGCGUUGGGCGUCGUUUCUGUUCCAAGACUUUGAGGUGCAGCUGCGGGACUUGCCGCACCCCCUCAAGAAAGCCGGUGAGAAAGCCGUGGAGAAGUGGUUGUCCUUGUUUCAGCUGGGCGGCAGCAAAGGCAGCGCAGGAUUCAGUCUAGCUUGUCCGGUUGCCGUUGAGUUCAGCGAAAUUCCCUUCCUCAAGGAGACCUGCACACAGGCCUGGAACAAGCCGCAAAUCCCCAAGGGCAACGGAUUGGACAAUCUGUUGAACGACCCACGUCUGGCGAAAGUUCUGUCAGCACUCAGGUCGAAGGCCUACGAACUGACUUAUUCGCGUGCCAUCAUGAGAACUGUUUGGGCCGUUGGCAAGCUCGGGCUGAAAGGUAGGGAUGUCCAGGGCAUCAUCGCCGUGCUCGCCGAAACUUCACAGCCCAUACUGACUCAGUUUUCGUGCCAGGAGCUCUCCAACACUCUGUGGGGGCUUGCCAGGCUGAGCGAGAGCAUGCAAGGCCUGAAGCCGGAAGGAAUUCGGCUCGCCUAUGCAGUCAUGGCGCAAGGCGUGUCACGGCUCUCGCAGUUCAGCACACAGUGCCUCACAAACAGCCUCUGGGCAGUAGCAAAGCUGGGGCUGCGCGGCGAGGAAGUGCGAGAUUUCUCCAACCAGUGCCUGAGCCAAAUUCACUUGGUACUGUUCAAGGAGAUGUCCCCACAGGGUCUCGCCAACAGCCUCUGGGCCUGUGCCAAGCUCCAGUCAGACAGCCGGGAGGCAAUCUUGGACAUUGAGGUCGUGGGGCGCUUCUGCAUCGAUGCAGCAAGGCGUGCGAUGGCUUCCGAAGACCUGCUGAAGCUCUUCUUCCCGCAGGAGCUCUCCAUGGCACUCUGGGCCAUGGCGAAGCUCAUUGGCCGAAGGGCUCGUGCCAAUAAAACCAGCGACGCCUUCGAGGCGGUCUCAAGGUUUGCAGAGGCUGUUGCCGUCGAAGCCACGUCCCGCGUCCACGACUUCAGCCCGCAGGGCGUAUCAACCAUCGCUUGGUCUUUGGCCACCCUGGACAUGGUCACCAGCCUUGACACUUACAACUUCUUCAACCUGGCUGCCCAAGUUGCAGCUGCGAACAUCCGUGCAUACCCGCCGCAGGCCAUCGCCAACUGCUGCUGGGCAUUCAACCGCCUGGGUCGCAAGGAAGCCGUUCUGGCACGCUUCGGCAAAGCCGCGGCAGAAGAGGCCAUGAGGAGGAUCGACGAGUUUUCGUGGCAGGACCUGCAGGGAGCAUUGGAGAAAGGCAACCCCGUGGGAAAGCGCCUAGUAACUACGGGCCGGUGCACUGGGUGA